UGGGGGGGGACGGAAGGAGGAGCGGCCUCGCUCGGAGACGAGGUUAGAGACGGGGGAAAGAGACCCCCCCCCGCCGACCGGCCAGCGUAGAUCGCCGCGGCGGGAGCGAGCGAGCGAGCGGGGCCCGCGGCGCUGCGCCCAGCCAUGGACAAUCAGUGCACGGUUCAAGUAAAACUGGAGCUGGGGCACCGAGCCCAACUGCGGAAGAAGCCCACCACCGAGGGCUUCACUCAUGACUGGAUGGUGUUUGUCCGCGGCCCGGAGCAGUGCGACAUCCAGCACUUUGUGGAACGCGUGGUCUUUCGGCUCCAUGAGAGCUUCCCCAAACCCAAGCGAGUGUGCAAGGAGCCCCCUUACAAAGUGGAGGAGUCUGGCUACGCAGGCUUCAUUAUGCCUAUUGAAGUGUACUUCAAAAAUAAGGAGGAGCCGAAAAAGGUGUGCUUCACAUACGACCUGUUCUUAAAUUUGGAGGGAAAUCCACCUGUGAACCACCUUCGCUGUGAGAAGCUGACUUUCAACAACCCCACCAAGGAAUUCAGACGCAAACUCAUUAAGGCUGGAGGGGUAAUGGUGAUGCCAGAAGGAGCAGAAACUGUUUCAAGGCCAAGUCCUGAUUAUCCGAUGUUACCCACGAUACCACUCUCUGCCUUCUCUGAUCCCAAGAAGACCAAACCAUCCCAUGGGUCAAAAGAUGCAAACAAGGAAAGUAGCAAGGCAUCCAAACCACACAAAGUAACCAAGGAGCACAGAGAGAGGCCAAGAAAAGACUCUGAAAGCAAAAACUCCUCCAAAGACCUUGAAAGAGAGCAAAACAAGCCUUUGAAGGACUCCUCCAGAAAACCAACUGAGAACAAACUGCCUAAGGAGGAGAAGGCGCCUCCAAAAGCUGCUUUCAAGGAACCAAAACUGGCCGUGAAGGAGACCAAACUGGAGAACACUUCUCCAAAGGGUGGGCCACAGCCGGAAUUAAAGUCUUCCAGCAAGAGGCCCUCUAAUGUGGAGUCACCAAAGCCUAGUGCCAAAAAACAGAAAAAGAGUAGCUCCAAAGGGGUAAAGAAUAUCCUAGGGACAUCUCCCAGAACCUCGUCUUCCUCAUAUCCAGAGAAGAAACAAACCAAGGAGAAGAUGAAUGCCAAAGUGGAAAAGGUAAAACCUGAAAGCGAGGCCAAGGAGAUCAAAAAGCCUGUGGAAAUGGAGGAGUCGAAUUCAGAGGAUGAAACUUCUUUCAAGUCAGAGGGGGUUAAGUCUGUCCAGUCCAGCCCUUCCAACUCCAGCUCCAGCUCCGACUCCAGCUCUGACUCUGAUUUCGAGCCAUCUCAGAACCACAGUCAAGGCCCAUUGCGCUCCAUGGUGGAAGAUCUGCAGUCAGAGGAGUCAGAUGAUGAUGACAGCUCCUCCGGAGAAGAGGCAGCAGUCAAAGCAAACCCAGUCAGCCGGGAUUCCAGACUGAGCCUUAGUGACAGCGACAGUGAUAACAGUGCAGAUUCCUGCCUGCCGAGUCGAGAGCCACCUCCUGGUCAGAAACUGCCCCCUGCAAAUAAUAAGGCAUCUGGAAGAAAAAGCCCAGAGUCUUGUAACAAGCCAGAGAAGAUCCUGAAGAAGGGCACGUACGAUAAGGCCUACACUGAUGAAUUAGUGGAGCUUCACAGGCGACUAAUGGCACUACGAGAGCGCAAUGUGCUACAGCAGAUUGUAAAUCUCAUUGAAGAAACCGGGCAUUUUAACGUUACCAACACAACCUUUGACUUUGACCUCUUCUCCUUGGAUGAGACGACCGUCCGCAAGCUGCAGAGCUACUUGGAAGCGGUAGCGACAUGACGCUUGGCCUUGGCAGCAGCUGCUUUUGAAACCAGAGAUCCCCUUGAUUGGUACCAGGAAACGAACCCAUGGAACUAGGCCUUCUUAUUCUCCUGAUUCACCCGAAGCACUGCCUUAGAGAACAGCCAUGCUCUAUGAAUGCACAGCCAGCUGCACUUUCUUGUAGGCUUCAAACAAGCACCCGUAUUGCUGAGUCUGUCCUCCCUGGCUUCCUACGUACGCUUGGGCGCAGAUCCUGAGUAGAGCAGAAGAUGUGCUGCACUUAACCUCCCGGCGCGACCUUUCUCGUUCUACUUCAAGCAACUGUGUUUGAAGAGCACGUUUUGAGGCGUCUCUGAGGUCUGAAGAAGUGUGGAUGAUGUUUUCUUCACCAAAUCUAGGGACCAUCUGCCUGCGGAGAGCUCCAGCGAGUCCCGUUGCCUGCAGCUCUGCGAGGAAGCGUUGAUGCUGUGUAAGUAAGAUUGGCUUUUACAAAGCUUAACCCGAGAGCCUGAUGCCAGAGAUGGGUCCCGCUGCUCUGCUGCAGAGGAGAUGGACAGAUCCCAGUUGUGAUCACUUGCAAGCUCGUUCUGGCGUGGCUCGGUGCAGAGCACUGCUGUAACGUGGCUCCUGAUCUCUCCAGGGCAUCGUUCCACGGGCAGGACCUUCAGCUUCCUGCAGAGACAGUUCGUGCUCUUUGAAAAGGCCUCUAGAAUCUGCUGUCUCCCGCUGGGGUUUGGAGAUGUCUUGUUUUGUUGAUCUGAGCUCCUAAACAAAGUCUCACUCCUUUCAGUCUGCUUUAACUGUAAUAGGACUACAAAACUGUAAGCUGUAUAUUUUAUAUAUAUAUUAUAUAUAUGUAUGUACUGUAUGUAUAAGAAGGGCCUAGUUGGGUCUUAUGAUCUUAAGGGUGUGUUUUUCUGUUCUCUUUUCUAAAGGCUCUGGCAGGGGAAGGGCGCUUAAGAACAUUUGACUUGUUUGUUAAAAUGCCUCUUGUGGACAAUUUCUAGUGUGUGGAAGCCCAGCAGCGAUCUUGGAAGCGUUCAGUGCUUCGGAAGGGGCUCACCUCUCGUCUCCUCACUUGUCAGUGUUGAUGCUAACUUUGCCAAAAGACGCGAUUGGUUUUGUUCUUAUGUUCUCAAAGAGGAAUCUCCUACAGUGGCCCCUAUAGUAGUGGCUGUACUUUGGGAAAACCAAAACAAGGGAGAGUUUUAUCUUCGGACACAGCUGGAAAACGCUGACGUAGGAAAUGGGUGAAGUUGGGUUUGUUUCCUCCUCCCUCUCCCGCCCUGCUGCCUGUUCAGGAUCCAGUAAACACUAAUCCCAACCCUCUCCUAUGUUUCUAGUUAAACUAGUGUUGGCUUCCAAGUGUUGUCUAGGUGGGUGUGUGGAAAGCUCUCAUUGAACCCCUACUGCAUUCCCACUCCCAAAACCCAGUAUUUUCUUGAAGAAUUGCUCAGUUUUCCCCAUCAGUGUCGAAGCUGUUGCCAAAUGUGAGCUGGGCUGCGGGUGUGAGGAGGAGCGCGGUGUUCCCAAGGAUCCCUCUGCUCCGAGGGGUCCCCCCAGCUCUGUGACAGCCCCAUGGGGGAGCUGGGGGGGGGUCUGCUGUGUCCCUUCUCCACUCUAAAAUCCAGUCCCUUGUUUUGGGUUCCCCCUUUCUUUAUCAUGGAAAUGUUGCAACUAAUCAACUGAAGUGGCAAUAUGAUGAUAAGCUUGUUUGAGUUGGGUCAUGUUGACCCGAUUCCCAUUAAUUUUGUCUUUGUACCAUCUUUCAUGUGUCGUGUGUGUGUGUGUGUGUGUGUGUAUAUAUAUAUAUGCAUAUAUAUAUAUA